GAGAGAUACAGACAGCCAGACAGAGAGGCUUGGCUGUUAUUAGGGAAUAAAUACGGCAUUCAUUUAAGGACGUGGGAAUUUAACAAAAUAAAAGAUGGGGAGCCAUGACAGCAUUAACGACGGCAGGGAUUCAGAAGUCUUUCCUGUCUGAAGCUGGGGAUAAGAUCAUGUGGACUCCAAGGAACAGUGUGAUGUUUUUCUGAAGUAAAAGAAUCUGUCCCCAAGACUAGCAACUCAUGGCCUCUUAGCCAGUGUCUUCCUGAUCGUCCCUCUCUCACCUGCGAGGCUAUGGACUAAAGUGACCAGCGCAGCAUCUAACCCCAGCAUGCACACACGAAGGCUGGCGCAGAACCCACAGUGAAGAAUACGGACAAUGGCAGCGUGAAGGCUGGCGACCACGGAGCCCUACGCUGCAGGCUGGGCAGCGCACCCACGCGACCCCAUGACUCUGGACAUGGACGCGGUCCUGUCCGACUUUGUUCGGUCCACAGGGGCUGAACCGGGUCUGGCACGAGACCUGCUGGAAGGUAAGAACUGGGACCUGAGCGCCGCUCUGAGCGACUUUGAGCAGCUGCGGCAGGUGCACACGGCCAACUUGCCGCGGGUCUUCAACGAGGGCCGCUACUUCAGGCAGCCGGAGAGGGACACAACGCCCCAGCACCUGAGGAAGAUCGAACGGCCAUGCCAACAGAGGCAGGAGGACAACGGUCAAGAGAAGCGCCUCUCUCGGGGCAUCUCCCACGCCAGCUCCGCCAUCGUGUCCCUGGCGCGCUCGCACGUGGCCAGCGAGUGCAGCAGCGAGCAGCUGCCCCUGGAGAUGCCCAUCUACACCUUCCAGCUGCCCGACCUCAGUGUCUACAGCGAGGACUUCCGCAGCUUCAUCGAGAGAGACCUCAUCGAGCAGUCCACCAUGACGGCCCUGGAGCAGGCCGGUCGUCUGAACUGGUGGUCCACCAUGUGCACUAGCUGCAAACGGCUCCUCCCUCUGGCCACCACGGGGGACGGCAACUGUCUCUUACACGCGGCCUCUCUUGGGAUGUGGGGUUUCCAUGACAGGGACCUGGUGCUGAGGAAGUCUCUGUAUGCAAUGAUGAAGAGUGGCGCAGAGAGAGAGGCUCUGAAGAGAAGGUGGAGAUGGCAGCAGACACAGCAGAACAAGGAGUCGGGCUUGGUCUACACAGAGGAGGAGUGGGAGAGGGAGUGGAACGAGCUGCUGAAGCUGGCCUCCAGUGAGCCACGGACACACUUCAGCAAGAACACAAACACCAGUGGGGGGGUGGAUAACGCGGAGGACCCCGUGUACGAGAGCCUGGAGGAGUUCCACGUGUUCGUGCUGGCCCAUGUCCUCCGCAGGCCCAUCGUGGUGGUGGCAGACACCGUGCUCCGGGACUCGGGCGGAGAAGCGUUUGCUCCUAUCCCAUUUGGAGGACUCUACCUGCCUCUGGAGGUUCCUCCAAACCGCUGCCACUGCUCCCCGCUGGUCCUGGCCUACGACCAGGCCCACUUCUCUGCCCUGGUGUCCAUGGAGCAGAAGGACCAGCAGCGAGAACAAGCCAUCAUCCCACUCACGGACUCAGAGCACCGGCUGCUGUCUCUCCAUUUCGCUGUGGAUCCUGGGCGAGACUGGGACUGGGGGCAGGAUGACAACGACAACGGCAAGCUGGCCAAUCUGAUCCUGUCCUUGGAAGCCAAGCUGAACAUCCUGCAUAGCUACAUGAAUGUAACCUGGAUACGAAUCUCAUCAGAAUCCAGGGCCCCUCUGGCUCAGCCUGAGUCUCCCACCGCGUCCGCAGGCGAGGACGUUCAGUCUCUGGCCGACUCCAUGGACUCGGACCGCGAGUCCGUCUGCAGCAACUCCAACGUGAACGUGGGCAAACCCAGCAAGGAGAAGGACAAGGAUAAGCAGCGCAAGGACAAGGACAAGGACAGGAUCCGCGCAGACACGGUGGCCAACAAGCUGGGCAGCUUCAGCAAGACGCUGGGGAUCAAGCUGAAGAAGAACAUGGGGGGCCUGGGGGGGCUGGUCCACGGCAAAAUUAAGUCCAACUCCGGAAACGGCCGCAACGGCGACAGCGGCGACAAGGCCAAGAAGAAAGACUCCAAGACCCGCAAAGAGAGCAAGGAGGAGUCGGGACAGUCUGCCAGCACGUCGUCCUCGGAGAAGGCCACCAGCCCCUCUCCCACUGAGAGGGUGUCGGGAUCCUCGCCCGUGGAGAAGCCAGGCAUCCUGGGGAAGCUUCCGGGCGACAGGGACCAGUGGAAGUACAGCACAGACGUCAAGCUGAGCGUGAACAUCCUCCGGGCGGCCAUGCAGGGCGAGAGGAAGUUCAUCUUCGCUGGCCUCCUCCUCACCAGCCACCGGCACCAAUUCCACGAGGAGAUGAUCAGCUUCUACCUGACCAGCGCCCAGGAGCGCUUCAGCGCCGAGCAGGAGCAGAAGAGGAAAGAGGUGGAGAAGAAGCCGCCGGCUAACGGGACAGCCUUGAAGAAGCCGGAGCAGGAGAGCGCCUUCCAGAAGGAGCGGUCAGACAGCUCCCCCAAUGAAGGCUCGUCCCCAGUGCUCCACCAGAGCCGUAGCUCCCAGAUGGUCCUGAAGAUGCAGGAGAGACACAGCCCGACACCUGCCCCCUUCUCCUCCCCCAGUAAUGGUGCUAAGAAAUCUAGACCCAUCCCCGUUUCUGCCCACUAUAGCCAUACCCCGCCAGUGCAGAGGCACAGCGUCAUCCACCUGCGAGACGUGAACCCGCAGCCCUCCAGCUUGCGGGAGGAGCCGUACCGCCCCCUGGUGGGCACGCUAAAGACCUGCGCCACCUACCCGCAGCAGAACCGCACCCUCUCCUCCCACAGCUACAGCCCCGCCCGCAUGGUGGGGGUCCGGGGCGUCGCCGUGGACGCCUACGGCACCCCUGGCGGCUACAAGUCGCACACCUACACCAACGGCUUCGGCGCCACCGAUGUGCGGGACUGCCUGGAGUUUGCUGACGAGGACCCCCCACGGGCCUGGCCGGGCCACGACAAAACCAAAGGCCGCAGCACCGGGUGUGCUCUCUACUGCCCCCCACAGGAAAAGUGCAAGAAGGAGAACUGCUCUUUUUACGGUCGGCCGGAAACUGAGAACUACUGCUCCUACUGCUAUAAGGAGGAGCUGAAACGCAGAGAGAGGGAGGGCAAGGUGCACAGACCUGGAUAGCCCACAAUCCAAUCACAGCGCAGACCGUGCAGACAUGCCCUCCAGUUACAGGGUGAACAGGUGGCCCAAGCAACGACCGUAGGUGCUUCUACGAGAAUGCUGGGAGCAGAAGUAUCCCUUUGUGCUUUAAGAUUUAUACAAGAUCACACCAGAGAGAAGAGGAAGACUUCCUAUAUCAUCAAAGUACUGUUUUCCUUUCAUCCCUGUUACCUCUCUCUCUCGAUAUCAAGGGACACAGUUGCUUGACAAUAAAGGAGGUCCAACUGAAAUCAGUUCACAGCUUUGGCCGGAGACUUUGCCAUUGUUUUGUGUCUAUUUUAAUUCAAUGAGAAACACUGUUUUCAAAGAUGCACUGAUAGCUGCCAUGCCUAAAGCGUACACAUAGCUCCUCAUGGUUCAAAGGGAAGUGCAAGUGAAGUUUUAUUUAGCAUACAAUGAACUUAACAAAUGCAAUACUCCAUAGCACAGUACAGGAUCCUCUACCAUCAUUUUACAAU